GAAGAGGAGAUUCGCGGCGCUCUGAUUGGCUGUGUUCACAUCGCGUCAUCUUUUCUGUUUCUAUACGUUUCCUGUCAAAUUGUCAAUUUUGGGAUUCAUACGUCUCUCUGUUUUCAAAAUAUCGAAAUGACAGCGAAUGAUAAGCAAUCGGCGGGUUGCCUUUAAGAUGAGAAAGUCCUCCUACUUCAUGUAUUAUCAUGGAGUCCUUAUCCAGUGGAUGUGAAAAGGCUAAAGCUUUGACUGAGCUCUGCAGGGCUCAGCAACUCUGAUGCCCAAUCCACACACGUGUGUUUCCUUAAGGAGUAUCCCAGAACUCCCUCGAGUAACCUCACCGCAUGUCGCGCAUCAGGAGCACACUGGACACCGUUACCAAAGCCGUGAGCGGAACGGUGAACACCGACCUCCUCGCCAAGAUCACACGGCUUAAACCCAGUGCCACCCAGGGCAAAACUAUAGAGGUUAAAGUGGAAUGUCCCGAGGCAGAGGCCGGAGCUUUCAUGACUGUGGCGGCACCUGAGCCGCCCAGGGAGAAAGAGGUGAAAAAAGACAUGGAGCUUCAUAAAGAAGACCCAAAAUCUAUCAGCAGUCUGUCUAGCAGCACAGGAAACAGGACCAGUGCAGUUGCAAAGCAAACGCUGCAACGUUUUCAGCCCGCAGCCUUCACAACCAACAUGGAUGAAACAUACAAUCACUUGGCUGAACAUGUCAAUGCCUACUUUGGAACUGACACGCAAGAUGACAAAAGAUCACAACGGGUUAGAGAAGACAUAACAUCCUCGACAUCUCAAAUCCAGCCUAGUGCUCUUCCAAAAAGUAGCAAGGAUGAUAUCCUAAUGGAGGUGCCUGUGUCCUAUAGAGCCACACCAGAAACGCCUCCUGCUAUUGACAAGAAUGGCUCCGUCCCAAGUCCAGAAGCCCCUUCUGCUCCAGCUCAGGAUGAGGGUGUUUCAAACAUCCCCAUAUCGCCAAGGAAGGGCAUCAGUCAUUACCUGUUCUACCCCAGGCCCAGCAUCCAGGCUUUUGUAGGAAACUACAUCGCUCCUCUCGUCCCAAAGUUCAGAGCGGAUUCAAAGAGUGGCACAGCAGAGAAGGAAAAACCCUCUGGAUCUGAACGGGCUGUGUCCCAGGAUGCAAAGAGUGCAGAAAGCAAGGAGCAAAAAGAGGCAGAAGAGAAAGCACAGAGACUGUUGUCUCAGAGGGAGAAGAUCAUAGCACGUGUUAGUGUGGAUAACCGAACCAGAGCACUGGUCAAGAGUCUUCAACGAGUCACUGAUGUGAAGAUCACCAUCAGCAGGGUGGAGGAACUGAGUUUCCACCUGCUGGAAUUUCCAGAGACCAGAGGCGUGGCAGUCACUGAGAAGGUCAUCCCGUGUCUGCUGCGUUUGAGGCAGGCCAGAGACGUCAAUCUGCAGGCUGCAGUGAGACAGGCUCUGGGCCUGGUGGGCUACAACGACCCGGUCAAAGGCAGAGGAAUACGUGUCCUCUCCAUUGACGGAGGAGGGACCAGGGGUUUGGUUGCAUUACAGGCUUUGCACAGGCUUGAGAGUUUGACAGGGAAGUCCAUCUACCAGCUGUUUGACUACAUAUGUGGAGUUAGUACAGGGUCCAUCCUGGCCUUUAUGCUGGGUGUGUUCCAGAUCCCUCUGGAGGAGUGUGAGGAACUCUAUCGGAAGUUGGGAUCUGAUGUCUUUAAACAGAACCUAAUUGUGGGCACAGUGAAAAUGGGCUGGAGUCAUGCGUACUAUGACAGCCAGAUCUGGGAAGAGAUCCUCAAAGAAAGAAUGGGGCCUGGACUAAUGAUCGAGACUUCCAAGAACCCUAAAUGCCCUAAGGUGUCAGCGGUGAGCACCAUUGUGAACAGAGGCCUGCCGCUGAAAGCGUAUGUCUUCAGGAAUUAUAACUUCCUGCCUGGGGUUCGAUCACACUACUUAGGCGGCUGCCAGCAUAAAAUGUGGCAGGCCAUUCGAGCAUCCUCUGCUGCUCCAGGAUACUUCCAGGAAUUUGUACUAAUAAAUAAUUUUAUCCAGGACGGUGGUCUCUUGAUCAACAACCCUACCGCUCUGGCCAUCCACGAGAGCAAGUGUUUGUGGCCCAACACACCUGUGCAGUGUGUGGUGUCUCUGGGCACAGGCCGAUAUGAAACCGUAGGCAAGACCAGCUCGAGCACUUAUACCAGCUUGAAGACCAAACUCACCAAUGUCAUCAGCAGCGCCACAGACACUGAAGAAUUCCACACCACCCCCGAACACCUACUCCCCCCUUAAAACCCUAACAUCAUUUAAGCACACUAAAUGAGUGAGGAGAUCCCAUUGGACGAGAGCAGACAGGAUAGGCUGGACGUCCUGCAGACUGAGGGUCAGCAGUACCUGGAGCGUAAUGAGAAUAAGUUAAAGAAAGUGGCUAGUGUUCUCACUCAAGAAAAGGGCAUCGUUCAGAAACUAGCCGAAUGGGCCCAACUUAAAGCUGACAUGUACGAUGGCCUUCCUUUUCGCUCCAAACUCUAAACUCACACUCUAAACCACACUAGCACAACCACUGACCUUCUCCAUUGUCUGUUUAACAUAUAACAAAAUAAACUGUGCGCUGCAGUGGAAUUACAUGUUGCAUGUUGCCAUACCGCAGUUUAAAACAGGAAAUCAAGUCUGUUGCCUCAUAUUGACGAGCACAUAAGAUUUAAAAGGUUCAUCAGGUCUGAUUUUAAGGCUGUAUUGUUAUUGUAAGAAAAGUUAUUGUUUACCUUGUCUUGUUUGAAACGAAGAGCCUUGAAGGCAUGAAAUGUUAACAGCAACACUGACUAGCUACCAUUUGCAUUUGCUGCUUUUCAUCUGUUGGGAAAUACUCAAGUAAUUUUGAUCCGUUAAUUUACAAUAGGAUACAUUUGCUGUUGUGUAGUGUCUCUCCUUGAAAAACCUUUAGUAUUAGUGGACUGAACUGACAGUACUAGUUAGCAUGAGGUGAGCUGCUAAAUGCUAAAUAAUUUUCAACCACAUUUUUUAAUUUUUUAUUUAAAUUCAAAUAAUCAGCCUUGUAAUUUUAUGUCAGAACGCAAACGUAUCCAACAGCACUGAUGUUUUAAAGAUUUUGCACGCAAUGUUUCGAAAGCACUCAUUGUAGUUGUGUUAUGGCUGAAGAUGGCUUGCGUUGAUUAUUGUGGAAAUACUAAUGAAAUGAUCAUUGAUUUUGUGUAUUAUGUUUGAAUGCCUCAGCUGGUUUCCAGUACACAUUUUUAUUUGCUUCUGCAUGCACUUAGCUGGAAAAUAUUUGACCUAAUUUAUUGGUUCUGUUCAGACCGAGUGUAUAAUAUUGUAAAAUAUAAUUAAUCCUUAAUCCUGCUUAAAAUGAAUGUGUAAAAAAAAAACAAAACAAAAAAAAUAUGUAAAAUGAGCAAAAUUAUAACAGUGUUGUAGAUUUCAAUUUUAACAGCUUGAAUCAGAAAUUCCAUUUUCCUAACACCUUAAAACUGUAUUCCCUGAUGAUUAUGAAGAGAAAUAAAUGAUUUUAAACUU